CGGGCAACAGGGUUCGUUCGGCCUUCGCUCAACACAAGCCAGUAUCUCAUGAUUCAUUCAGCCGAGCACAGACACCACAAGACGGGCUAGACAACGGACACUCUUCCAAGCCGGGGAAUCAAGAGGCUGGGGGUGCAAACUCAGAGGAGCAAGUGUCCCACUGAAAGGCAGAACUAGCUAGCUUGCCAUGGCGGAUGUUGGCGAGGUUUUGAUGUCGGUUUUGUCCACAAUUCGGGUUCCGAAGCCCGGGGACCGUGUCCACAAAGACGAAUGCGCCUUGUCAUUUUCCUCGCCGGAGAGUGAAGGAGGCCUGUAUGUGUGCAUGAACAGUUUCCUGGGCUUUGGGAGUCAGUAUGUGGACAGGCACCAUGCUCGGUCUGGCCAGAGGGCUUACUUGCACAUCACCCGGACUCGCAAGGCUAAGAAGGAAGAUGACAGCAACUCUGGCUCUGGACACCCACCUAAGAAAAAGCCCACCAGAUUGGCCAUAGGGAUUGAAGGAGGUUUUGAUGUGGAGCAGGAGCAGUAUGAAGAGGAUGUAAAGGUGGUCAUUCUACCUGACAGACAAGAAGUGGCAUCAGAGGACCUUGCCACCAUGCCUGACGUUGUGAGAGAGCGGGUGUCCCUGUCAAUGGCGGGUAUCAUGGCAGCGGACUCAGUGUCUCAUACCUUACAAGUUCAACAAUGGGAUGGAGAGGUGAGACAGGAGUCACGGCAUGCCGCUGACCUUAAACAGCUUGACAAUGGAGUCAAGAUCCCUCCCAGCGGCUGGCGGUGUGAGGUGUGUGGCCUCCAAGAGAAUAUUUGGAUGAAUCUGACGGACGGUAAAGUGCUGUGUGGUCGCAGGUAUUUUGAUGGCUCUGGGGGCAACAACCACGCCCUUCUUCACUUCCAGGAGACAGGAUACCCACUUGCUGUCAAACUCGGUACCAUCACUCCUGAUGGAGCAGAUGUAUAUUCCUAUGAUGAGGAUGACAUGGUACUGGAUUCCAAGUUACCAGAGCAUCUAUCUCACUUUGGCAUCGACAUGAUGACGAUGGAGAAGACUGAGCGGACGAUGACAGAGCUGGAGAUUGCUGUGAACCAGCGUGUGGGGGAGUGGGAGGUGAUCCAGGAGUCUGGGACCACCCUGCGCCCCCUGUUUGGCCCCGGCUUGACUGGUAUGAAGAACCUGGGCAACAGCUGCUACCUCAACUCUGUCAUGCAAGUGCUCUUCACUGUUCCAGACUUCCAGAGCAAGUAUGUUUCUAACAUUGACAAGAUAAUUGAUGAAGCUCCAAGUGACCCCACCCAGGACUUCAAAACCCAAGUAGCCAAGCUCGGCUACGGUCUGUUGUCGGGAGAGUAUUCCAAACCAGCACCAGACCCUGGAGAUGAAAAUGGUGCAUCCGAGCCCAGGGGAGACCAAACUGGCAUAGCACCACGAAUGUUUAAAGCACUUGUAGGGCGGGGCCACCCAGAGUUCUCCACCAAUCGACAACAGGAUGCUCAGGAGUUUUUAUUGCACUUCAUAAACAUGGUGGAGAGAAACUGUCGUUCUGGGCCCAACCCAUCCGAAGCCUUCAGGUUUCUGGUGGAAGAGAGGAUUGUUUGUCAGCAGUCACAGAAAGCCAAGUACACACAGCGGGUAGAUUACAUUGUUCAGCUGCCUGUGCCCAUGGACCAGGCGACCAACACAGAAGAGCUUCAGGAGGCAGAGCGCCGGCGUGAGGAGGGGGACACAUCAGCCCCCACAGUGCGUGCACAAAUCCCCUUCACAGCUUGCAUGGCGGCCCUAAGCGAACCAGAGAUCCUCACAGACUUCUGGAGCUCAGCUGUACAGGCCAAGACUACUGCUACCAAAACAACCCGCUUUGCCUCUUUCCCUGACCACCUGGUUAUCCAGAUUAAGAAGUUUACCUUUGGCCUUGACUGGGUGCCCAAGAAACUGGACGUGAGUAUCGACGUUCCUGAUACUCUGGACCUGAGCGCGCUAUGUGCAACCGGCCAGCAGCCAGGGGAGGAGCUUCUGCCAGAGGUGGCCCCGCCCCCACUCAUGACCCCAGAUGUGGAGGUUAAAGGUAUCCUGGGUUCCCAUGGCAACGAGGAGGACGACUCGCUCUACUCCCCACUGCUGUCUCCAGUCCUCGACGACUCCACUGUGUCCCAGUUAUGUGAAAUAGGAUUCCCACUGGAGGCCUGUAGGAAAGCAGUGUACUACACUGGGAACACUGGAAUCGAUGCUGCCAUGAAUUGGAUCAUGAGCCAUAUGGAUGACCCAGACUUCUCAGCCCCCCUGGUGUUGCCAGGCUGCAGCUCUGGCCCCGGUACCACUCCCACAGAGAGCCUUUCUGAGGAGCACCUGGCAACCAUCGUCUCCAUGGGCUUCAGCCGAGACCAGGCAACCAAAGCACUCCGAGCCACGAGUAAUGUCCUUGACAGAGCAGUGGACUGGAUCUUCUCCCACCUGGAUGACCUGGAGUCUAUGGAUGUGUCUGAAGGAGGCCGGUCAGCUGCAGAGAGCGAGGGCAGGGAUCCUCCUCCUGGGCCUCGUGUCAGAGAUGGACCAGGCAAGUACGAGCUAUUUGCAUUCAUCAGUCACAUGGGGACGAGCACAAUGUGCGGCCACUACGUCUGUCACAUCAAGAAGGAUCAGCAGUGGGUAAUCUUCAAUGAUCAGAAGGUGUGUGCUUCAGAGAAACCUCCCAAAGACCUGGGAUACCUCUACUUCUAUCGGAGAGUGGCUGAAUGAGACAAAGGAGCGCUACACUUGAGGUGAAGGAAGGGAGAUGUGGAUGCUACCACAAACACACAAGACAACAUUCAUAGUUCCACCCCACCAAGCUCUUACAAAUGCCCUGGCACGCUUCACAACUGACAAAAGUGUAAAUACAUCUCUCAGACUGCAUAUAUACACAGUCAAAUAAAUUGGCACGGAUGUACAGAUGAGGUGUUGGGCUGUGGGGGUGUCUUUUGAUCCACUGAAUACAAAACAUGGGCCUGUUCAAAGAGCAGAUAAAGUUAUUUACCAGGACAACUUUGAUGAGACCUACCUAAGACCCGUUAAAAGACUUCUAGGCUUUACUCAGCAAAUGUAUCCAGAUAAUUCAGAAAACCUGCUUCAUGGAACAAGCCCCAGGGCCUUGGUUACUAGGUCCAUUCACUCUUUAUUAACAAGUUUGCUUAACUGUCACCAUUAAUCCAUGUCCUAGUCAUUGAUUUAUGCUGCCAUCAGUAGUCACUGCCCCUCCUCAUCAAAUUAUUGCUUCCAGCCACCUGUUCUUUUAUUGGACGGUUGCAGCUUGGUGUCCCCACUUAAACCGGGCACCGCCUCCUCCUCUGCCUGUUUCAGUGAGGAAGUACAAAUAGUUCAACAUCCACAAAAGGAGGAAAUGUCAGUAAAUCAGAUCAUAAACAACAACUCAAAUGUGUGUUACAAAAAUAAAAUAGAAAAAAAGUCAAAACACCAAAUCAACUCGUUUUUUGUUAAAAGUUUGGUGAGGGUGAUAUCUGGGUGAUUUUUUGUUUUAUUCUGUUUUUAUUUCGCAAACAAAUCCUUUGUUACUUCUGCUGUGAUAAAUAAAGAAUUGUCUUUCUGUCA